GUGCGCAGAUGUCGCAGCAGAUGCACUCAGACGCCCCCACCCGUCCAGGCGGAGCAGGAGUUGGAGGUGACGGUGAAAAUUCGACAGAGCUCGUUCAGCAGAUUUUGCGCGUACCUCGCGACCACGGAGUGGUCACAGUCUUCCGUGACAGCAAAAUACUCACCACAUGGGCCUACGCAAUGCUGAAGACCAAUUUAGUUUAUGACACCGAGAAAACGUUUCCAGGAGUUCUGACUAGCCUGUCGCGCUUGCCAGUGGACCGGCCGUAUCUUUACAUUCCUCACGGCACCUACCUUAACCUACCAGCUCACACAAGAGCUGUUAGCUGCUCUGUCAAGGUAACCCCUCAUGGUUUACGCACGCCAUGGAAGACGGGCUCUUCGGUUGUCCAACCCGUCAACUCUGACAUGCUAGUUUAUGGCCUUAGCUCCGUCGGACUGAACCACUACUUGGAUACCGGCAUGUGUCGUGUGAAGAAAGGCGAGACAAACAACCCGAUGAAGCCACAGUCUUAUUUACCAUUUCAGGAGAAGGACCACUCGGAUCUGGCUAAGAGCUACUGGGGUCUAAAGAUCACACCCGGAAACGAGGAUGACGAUAGCGAUGACGAAAAGAGCAUACCUGCCUGCAUGGGUGUACCACGUCACAACUUUGCUUACGACUUUAUUCACAUUCACAAGGCAAGUCCCCGCUUGACCAAGUUCGUAAACCAGUUUCCGUUCAAAGGUCACGUGGGCACACCUAUAGUCAACUAUGAGUACCAGUUUGGAAGUGACGCAUGGCUAAAGAUGGGUCCAACUUAUAACGCGGGAAACGAGUUGCUAACUCGUACACACCUUGGCCUGCCUGCUGACGUUGUAUCCUACACCACUAGCAACAUGUCAAACUACGAAUCGUACGAGCAAAAGCCAGAUACCAACAUCACCAUGCGGCUUCGACCCGACGAUAUGCACACGCGCCACGUGAAGUAUUUGGACCCUAUGGAAAAUACUUACUUCACCCGAGGUUUAAAAACGAUGGCGCACUCAACUAUUCAACCAAGUUUGAGUUUUGGGGUAUUGGCAGUAAGCAAGUCUAACAAGGACGACCCAGGCAGUACUGAAACCUUUCAAGACAUUGCCGCCUUUUUUCAAAUUGACACAGAACUGGUGGUUCACUCUGACGUAGACACCAUAGUUGCCGACAGUGUUACUUUACCCUCGAACGUGGGGCCUUACUUGCGUCACUCCAACGAAAACAUCAAAGCAAGUUACAACAGCCUCACACGUCACGGACGUCCAGUCAACCUCGCUCGCACGGAGUCCGAAGUUACCGAGCACAAGGCAGAGCUUUCCCAGGGACAAACUACAAAGCUUAUUGGUUCGAGCGACGAGAACAGUACCUAUGACAUUAAUGAAACCCUGGCGGCAUUUGCGGAACCUGAUCGAGGCGUGGGAGAAGUAUCAGAUCCAAACGUGUCCGAACCAGGAACAGGGGUUGGAGGAGAUGGAAAAAGUUUACAACCCCCUCCACGCUGGGCACUGCAGCUACAGUCAGUUCCAAAACGAAGAAAGCUUGUGCAUGAUGUGUUUCCCGCUCGAGACGACGGAGAAGCUGAGACAAUUUGUCACGACAUUAUCAGAGGAUUCGAGCAAGGGCCCACCCAGUACGGAAUCGCUGCCGUCGCACUCCACACACGAGGAACUACACUCCCACACGUCCACGUCUUACACGACUGCAGCUGGAGCAAUGGCACAUGCCGAUGUGUUAUCUUCGCUGGCUUCGUCAGACGACCAAAUCGCUCGUCAAUUUGGUCUACAAGCGCCAGUGCAUGGGACCUCUACCAUCUCGUCAAGUAUUUCAAUAGUGAGCCCCGAGUAUUGGAAUACAUUAAAAUGGGAGGAAAUGAUUGGGGUCGCGACGUUAGAAAUGAAGUUUUGGGACAACUCGAAGGUUCUGGACACGAGCCCGGGCGAGUUUUGGAAAUACUGUACCCGAAACUUCCGCAUUCAGUUGCAUGUGACGACGCCCAUGGAGGUCAGACGAGCGGUGGAGACACUGACGAGGUACGCGCAAGAACGGGUGCAAAGUGCCGAAAACGUUCAAAAGGAGCGUCGGAAGAAUCCAUCUACGACUGGCUACGCGAAAACCCCGUAUCGCCGUUGACAAACAUUGUGCGCACCCCCAAGUGGCUGGCAGACCCGGUGUUUCGGUUCAUUCGCCUGGACGACAAGCGCCUCCAACGAGCUAUCCAGGUGUUUAAUGACGAAAUGUGCUCGUACACCACCUUGGACUUUAUUGAAAUGUACCAGCACACCCAGCCUCUCUUUGAUGCCCCACACGGUGACCUCGCUACCUUUUACAUGGAUGUGCCCGCGUCAUUUGAUGCCAUGAUGGAACUAUUAAACUUUCAGUUUAAUGGCAUCCACGAGGAAGUGUCGGCCUUUGUAAACAACCUAUAUAGCCUGGUCGAGAAGGCGGUCCCCAAGAAAAACUGUAUGGAGAUUGUGUCCCCUCCGAGUGCAGGAAAAAACUUUUUUUUUGACCCCGUUCUUUCCUUUUACAUUAACCGCGGUACGAUCCGCAACUUUAACCGCUACACUAGCUUUCCGCUUCAGGACACCGUGGGCCGUCGCAUCCUGGUGUGGAACGAGCCAAACUGUGAGUCGUCUGCUUUUGAUACUGUUAAAAAAAUUUUUGGCGGUGACGUAGAUUCGGUGGCGGUCAAGUACUCGGCUGAUCAGACCAUUUCCAGGACGCCCGUCAUUGUGCUCUCGAACAACGAGGUGUUUCCAGAUGACGAGGCCUUCAACCACCGCAUGUGGCGCUACAAGUGGCGAGCGUGUCCUCCACUAAAGAAAUACGACAAGAAGAUCCACCCGAUGGCCCUGGUCCUCCUGUUUGAUGCUUUUGUACUCGAAGAAACAUACGUCGGCACGCGCCAGCUUGAUCAAUAAACAGCUUU